AAAAAAUACUUUUGUAUGAUAACCAUCCAAUAAUAAAAUUACAACUGAUGUCUAACUUAAAGUCUAGUACUUUUACCAGUCUCAUACUGGUGCAAUUACAAAUUCUAGUAAAUUGACAAUUCGUCUCAUAAAAUGACGUCUCUAAGACUAGUAAUUUUACGAUAUCCGAAAUUUUGACUUUCGUUGUAAAAGUACUACUACGCUAGACUAGUAAAUUUACUAUCUGCUAGCGAUUUCACUGCUCUCAGAAUAAAUCCGUUUCGUGUCCAACCUUCAGACUAGUGAUUUUACAAAAGUAAUUUUUACAGUGAACCGUUAAUAUGCAAGGGAACGUCCGAUUAAUAGGAAACUUCUGUGAUACCAAUUGAAUCGCUCGCUUAACCUUAACAAGUAUAAGUUCAUGCAUGUUUUAUAAAAAGAACGCUGUUUACUACAAAAUAAAAUUACAUAGAAUAACUGUAAAAGGCACUAAGACAAUUGUAUAAUUAUUUGAUUAUUACGGUCUAGAAAAAUUGUUACUGUGACAUCAAUGAAAUACUAACAAAUUUUUAAACAGACAUGAAAAACUGUUCGAUCACAAACUUUAAAAUGAAUGAAAAUCAUUGGUCAUUCAAUUUAAUUCGGGAGAUAAAAAAUCCAAAAUCUAUUUUGGAGGAAGAUGAAUUUGUGUACAUCAUUAAAGAUAAAUAUCCUAAAUCUACUUAUCAUUAUUUAAUUAUACCAAAGAAGGAUAUACCAUCGAUUAGUAAAGUUACAAAGGAUGACUUAGAACUUCUUCAUCACAUGGAGCAUACUGGAAAUAAAUAUAUUGAUAGUCACAAGGAUUAUGAUUUUCAAAUGGGCUACCAUGCAGUGCCUAAUAUGUACAGACUUCACUUACACGUUAUUAGUACAGACUUUAUAAGCAAUUCUUUAAAAACUGUCAGACAUUGGAAUAUAUUUAAUACACCAUACUUUCUCCCAUCCAAAGAUAUUUGCAAGGAGUUGGAAGACAAAGGUCAUGUAUUUAUCGACAUAAAAAAAUAUGAAAAGUAUUUAAGCUGUAAAUUAAAAUGUCAUAAAUGUUCUUAUACUCCAAAAAAUAUGGUAGAUCUUAAGAAACACAUAAUAGAACAUUUCCCUGUAAAAUAAAAUUAACUAUACUAGAUUUAACUUAUUCUGUAUAAAAAAUGUAAAUAUUUGCAUUUGAUAACUGUAUUCAAUUCAAUAAUAUAUAAUUCAUAAUUCAUAUCUAGU